AUGGAGUCCAUGAAGCACACAAUUGCUGAGCUUAGUGAACACUUCAACUCAAAAAUGGCAGAGUUUCAAAAACAACUUCAAACUUCUUCGGCAUCAGCAACAAGCCCAGCUUCUACUAUUGCUACCCAAUUUAGCACUUUUAGAAGUUUCGUUUUGACUGCAUUAGAGGGCCUCCAGAAGCAGCUUGAUGUUCUAUCUAGAAAACAAGAUGAAUUUGAAAUGAGAUCCCGGAAGAAAAUUCUACUAAUCCAUGGUGUUCAAGAAAGGCAUUCUAGAUCUGAUAAACCUAGAGCCGUCCUUGUUAAGUUCAAAGAUUUUUCUCUUCGGAACAAAAUUUGGUAUUCCAAGUCAGGCCUCAAGAAUUCUGGGAUAACCCUGUCAGAGUUUCUCACCAAGGAACGGCAUAGCACAUUCGUGGCAGCCCGACAACGUUUGGGAGUCUCAAAGUGCUGGACAAAAGAUGGAUACGUGGUGGUUGUGGGGGCUGACGGUUCGCAAAGCCGCAUUCUCACGGUGGGUGAACUUAACGCCAUCUCGCCUUUGCCCCAUGACGCGCCAUUGUCGACCUCCAGCGCUCCUCCCGUUUCUUCUGGCCCCAGCAACACAGGCAAAGUCUCCAACAUUAGGACAAAACGAGCUAUCAAAAAG